AUGAUCGGCGGUUCUAUGGAAUCUUUCGGAAUCAUCGUCAUUCUGGGUUUUGUCAUGGCCAUAAUCUAUGUGUUCAUCGAUUUAAGAAGAUGUGUUAUCGACCCCCACCACUCAUACAUUCAAGUAACUCAUGCUUCGCUUGCCGAGUUCAAUAGGACCACCAUCAACACCCUCCAUUAUAAUCUCUUACUCCAUAUCACCCUCCAAAACCCCAACAACAAUUUCGACGUCUAUUAUGAUAGCAUGGUAGUCAUGGCUUAUUAUGAAAACCAGAGGUUUAUUAUGGAGAAUCACUCGCAUGUAGUUUACCAAGGGAAGAGAAACACAACUCAUCUCACACUGUCACUCAAAGGAGAGAAGGACAUGGACAACACUAUUGGGGUGGUUGAGGAGGGGCAUCAUCAAGAGCGUCUUGAUUCCGAGGUUGAGCAGAAGCAGCAACAAUGCAGAUGUGACAACAAUGGUGAUGAAAGAAACAAGAAGUCUGGAUAUGAUAUUCUCGUCAGGUUCUAUCUUGAAACUACUGCAAUGCCAAACCCUAAGUCGUUCAUCAGGAUGAAUUGGAUGGGGAACUCUCAAUUCACAUGUAACUUGAAAAGGGUUCCAUUGAUCACAGCGUCUAAUUAUAAUCCUCGUUCCUUCAUGAAUAAUAUUGCCAAGUGUAAUACCGAUUUCUAUCGCGUAUCUCAUCCUCCUGGCAGUGGUUGA